AAUUUACAGCAUGAAAACUAUAAAAUUAUUAUAUUUGGCAUAAUUAUACAAACAUUUAAGCAUGUGAGUAACAUUAAAAAUAUAUAGUAAUUAUGUAAAACAAAUAUCUAUAUAUAUAAAUGUGAAAAUAUAUUCCCGCACAGUUGUGCGGGUGGAAAUCUAGUUUUACAAAUUAAAACAAUAUCUCUUUUUAACAUACCAAAAAUCUAAUGAAAAAUUAACAACCUAUUGGAAAAUAAUUACUUGUAUAAUUAAAAUUACUAAAGAGGAAGAUAUUGUGCAUGAUAGAUACUGGCACGUGAAUGACGGAAAAAAUGUAUUGCAUGAUUCAUACAAUUUAUUUUUUGAAAAAGGGCUUGAUUCAUACAAUUUUUUGUUUUUGAACUUUAGAUUCAUACAAAACUUGAGUGGUCAGAUCUUAAAAACUUCGUAUGUAGAUAAAAAAUUUUUUUUGGCAAAAAUAUGUAUAUAAUUUCAUAAACUCAUAAUGGUCACUCUAAUAUUUGUUUUCCUUUCACAUGUAUAUGAUGGUAAUACAACGAGUCUUAGAUAGCCUUUUAGAUAAGAAAAAAAAAACGAGUGAACGACUCAACGACCCUUUAUGUUUUAUACUGAAAAUUUCACAAAUCAAAACCUAUAUAUAAGACAUUUAAAUACGUUUCUAUAGCUUGAUGAUUAUUGAUGUUUUUAAAACCAUAUUAAACAAUAUUAUCUUGCGCUUGUAUCAAUCAUGUAUCUAUGUCUAUAUGUUUUCCUAUGUCUCAAGCAUGUAAAUGUUAAUUUAGCGUUUAUUUGUUUAUUCAAGUUGGAAUAUUUCAUUCAAGACCAUAUAAAUAUUAUAUUAUAAAAAUGAAGUUCUGUAAAAAAUAAAAUCUUAAGUUUAUUCAAUUCCUUUUUUGUCGAUGUAUAGUUAGCUAAGUUUUUAAGUUUGAUACUACUUUUUUGUUUAACCAACAAGGUCGCUUGGACUGAUCAACAUGUAUUUUUUUUCCUUUUGAAUUCUAGCUAAUUAGUAAUGAGUUAGUGAUUCUUGUAACACGACGCAAACUAUGUGGAUCCCAUUUGCUACACAAAAGACAAUACGUCAAUAACCCAUGCGACUCGUCUAUACAUACCCAACAAUGAUAAAAAAUUAAAUUUAUUUCCUCUAUAUAAAUUAUUAAAUUUAUAGACUAUAUGACAGUAGGUAACAGUAGUGGCCAAAACUUUACGACGGGGUUUUAGAGUACGAAGGAAGAACAAAAAAUAUUAAACUAUAUAUGAAGACCUUGAUAAAAGAAAAAAAAAUCUAUAUGCAAAUCAUUUACAUGUUUUCAUUCGACAUUUACUAAUCAUUGUAAUUGAUAUAUCAGAUAGUAAGGUUUUGUUUUGGUUGAAUUGUAUUUCAACUUUAUUUCAGUUUCGUGUUCUAAGAAAAGUAGUAGGUAUCCUUGUAAACAUAAUGAUUUAUUUGGAAACAAAAUGCUAAGUCUCAAAAAAAAAAAGCGUCGAUCAUUAGGAAAUUAAAAGCCAAAAAUCAUGGGAGAAUGUCAGGAAGUUUGAUGUGUCAAAUAGAAAAAGAAAUUCACAGUGAGUUCUUGUUCGAUCUCUUGACGAGUUCAGAAAUUUCUCCAUCUUCAUUGAGUAGUUAAGAAUAGUAUAACGCUAAUUAAGUUCCCUGCCUUGUCAAUUAAGUUCAUUGCGUUGCAUUGGCAUUAUAGUAGAAAUAAAUAAUAAUGUAUUCCUACAAUAAUACACAAAGUAGUGAAGACCGCAUUCAUCACAAUUUUGAAAUAGAGAAAGAGAGAUGGGAUGUUCUUAACAUUUUUGUGUAGAGUCUCUUUGUUUCUCACCAGUCACCAACCAUGCCCUCUUCGUGAGGAGUUGUGAAGUUGCCAACCUAGAAUUUUAGAGCAUGCGCAUCUCAGGUAUGUUGCACAGCUCUACAUAUUUAAAAAAAAAAAUGGAAAAGGAAGAGAGAGAAGCAGAAACGAUUGUUCCUAAAGAAUUGAUUCUUCCCCGGGUUACUCUGUUUCUUCCACAUGUUACUACAUUACUUGUUUGAUUUAUUUUUCUGAUUUAAAAUUUAAUGGCUAAUUAAAUUACACUCAAAUUAUUAAUAUUUUAACUGUUAGGUACUCUUUCUGAGAUAUCAAACACUAAUGGUGCUCUUAUAACCCCAAAUAAUUUGAUUAACUUAACUAUAUUAUUUCAUAGAUAUAUAGAGAAACAAGUUAAGGACCAAACAAAACAUAGGGCCAAAAAUGAUUGCCAAAACUAUUACUUAUAUGUUAUAUCUAAACUAUGGUUGGAAGGGUUAAAUCUAAUCUACCUUUCUCCAACUAUUUCUAUUAUUUGUUUAUGCAUGUCACUUACCUUACCUUCAAAAUACUUUCACCAUUUCCGUUAUAAAUCGAUGGAAUCGAAUACAUAAUAAGAAAAUGUAGCAUGUCGCAUUAAUUAGAAAACCUGAGGAACGACCUGGCGUUCAUGAAUUAAACAUGCUUAUAAAAGCUUAAGAGCAUUUUGUCAAAUGGUUCUCUCACCUUUGCUCUGCUUCUUUGGCAUCAUGGGUUCGACUUAAUACCUUCUUCAGUAUGAGGUAAAACAUAUAAGGAGUUAGAUCCAUACCAUAAAAGACCAUGCAGCUUGAAUAUCAACAGACCAGAUGUCUGUCCCGUAUAUGUGAGAUAACAAACUAAGUUCCACAUUGGAGAAUUAGACAAAUAGUAUCUAAUAUAUAAAGAGAUGUCAAACUCUAAUAAUACGAGUUGGCUCAAGAACCAAAAAUCUUGUUCUCUGAAAAUAUCUCAGAUCCAUAUAUGCUUAUUUUGUACUGAUAAUCAUCUGAUUAAUCAGAACCAGUUCAAUUUCGCUGACAGAAUUAUACGAUGAACAAACCAAAUCUUGUACAUAUAAACCAUCAAACAAAACAUAAACGCUUGAAGAACUAGGAGAAAAAUGUUAUCCUUUUUAUUAAACAGAGAGUACUGAAAGAAAACAUAGUAACUGAGACUGCAGCAACGUAUAGACAAACUUUACUUUUAAGAAACAAUGUUCUAUAAGAAUGUCAGCACUUGUUGUGUAUAGGAUCAGAUCCUCUUCCAAUCAUUCUUUUUACAGAUUGGUUAGGAUCAGACAUCACGAAACCAGAAGCCGCCAAGUCUGCACUUGUAUCUAAAUUCCCUUUUCUUGAUGAUGAGGACUCUUCAAGAACACGCAAAGGAUGAACAGUUAGAAGCUGCAGCCUAAUAUCUCUCUCCCGUCUUAGACUUGAGACCUUUUCCGUUUCAAGAAGUACAAAAGAUGCGAUGACAAGAAGAAGAAACGUUCCUCUAUGACGAAUCAAAACAUCCAUUUUGUAGAUAUUAGUUACUAAGUAGCUUGUGAAGAUAUAUAUAAAACUUGAGAGAUUAUAUAAAUCGAGAAGGUUAAAGAAAAAGGGAGAAGUGUGUCUCUCCUUCCUCCUCUCUUUGGAAUGGAGAGAAGAUUGGUAAGAAGGAAGCAUAUAUAAAGGCUGGUCUUAGAAGAAUUCUGACAAGUUUGAACAAAAAAAGGUUUACACUUGGAACUCUUGUUCUUGGGAAGCUAAGCAUAUCUUCUCUUUCGUUUUUAUUUUCCUUUUUAUCAUUUCCAUACUUUUUCUAUUUUAAACAUACAAUAUGGAUAAGGUGAAUGGUGUGGUACGUACAUGCAAAUAGAGUGCAGUCUUGUGUUGCUUUUGGGGCAUUGUCCUUUACACAACAUGUCUCUAUCAUUGGUAUAAAAGCUUAACAUUUACACCCAAAAAAGAAAAAUGUCCCUAUCAGUUGGAAUCACCAAAGAGCAUUGAGAUAUCUUUGGAACAUUCUCUUUUGCCUGACAUGUACAGCCUUUACAUAUAUAUAUAUAUAUAUAUAUAUAUAUAUAUAUAUAUAUAUAUAUAUGUGUGUGUGUGUGUAAUUUAAUGUCCAUACCAAAAAUUAGGUUCAGAAUUCACUAUAUCAUAAAGUAACAAGAGACUGAUAAAUUUUACAAAAAGUUAUCAUUAUUAAAAAAUAGAAGAUGAGUCUUAUCUUUUUUUUAAUAUAUAAAUGAGAUUUUAUUUAAGGACAAAACAAAUAAAAUAUGAUGUAUUAUGGUAAGAUAAGCAAAACUAAGUCCAAGAAAGAGAAAUAUGCAAAGAAGAAAGUUUGGCUUGAAGGAGCUAUAUUCAAGAAGACGCAAGAAGGCCAUCUAAAAGGGAGAAAAAGUGUUUAUUCAAAACAGAAUAAACUGAUAAUGAUGAAAAAAGAUUUAUGAAAAUAAAAAUUGAAAGGUAAGUUAUUGUUUCAAGCUCUUUUCUCCGUGCAAUGAAACCAGUCUUGCUUCUUUGAGCUCAAUGGGCUUAUCUACUUUAUGCUUUUCUUCUUUGUUUUUCCACUUUAAUUACUUAGCCCGUCCCUCCUUAAUCAUUCAUUCGAACUUGGGACAGAUUAUCUGUUAAAAAAAAAGUUGAGGACUAAUUACAUAUCUCAUAAACCACAACUAAAGUGGAUUUUCUCAAGGUGAUAGUUUAUUGUAGGAUGAAAACAAAAACUUAGAUUUCCACAAAAAACAAACUAACUAACCUAUGAUGUACAUUCUCAACACAACACACAUACUCUAUUUAUAGAUAGGUGGUAAAAUAUUGUAGACUGAGAACCAUCAAUGGCCUUAACAUUUUUUCUUAAACCAGAUGAUUGAUCAUCUCUUCCACUCUACUGGAGCUUUCUUUCCUGCAAAACCCAAAACCAAUCCAACAAGUUAUGUAAGAGAAACACACAGAAUCUCUACUUAGACUUUCUUGUGAGAAAGUCUUGUUUGUUUUGCUUGUGACACUAACCUUUGCUUAGAGGUUUCUCAGUCUUCUUCCCGGUUUUGCCACCCUAGUUUGAAACUACUCUUGUUGUUUAGGAGAAUCAGAAGUGACUCUUGCAUUAUUACCUGAAGAUGGUAGCGAGUAACGUCUAGUGGCUUUCUCAUCUCCUUGUUGCCUAGGUGUAGAAGAGCCUUGUAGACUCAGCUUUGCUUUCUCUGAUUUAGUAGCUUGCAUAUAGCUUGGUAACCCCUGGCUACUAUUCUCAUUACCAUUGUUACUCUCUUCACACUCAGUGGUUUGAGUAGCAGUAACUGUAAAGUCCUUUUUCCCUACUGAUUUUUUAUUCUCCUUAUUGUUUUGUUUGGGAUCAAGUGUUGCAUUGCAUCAAGUGUUGCAUUGGUUCAAGUCCUUUUUCCUCAGCCAUUACUUUUUGGUUGACCAAUGUGGAAUCAAGUGUUGCAUUGGUUCAAGAGGCUGACCAGUUCUCUAACUAGAUUAAAUUAGAGGAAUCAUUGUCAAGGUGCACAUGCAUCACGUUUGGAGAUGAAGCUAGAAGCUGAUAAGAGAGACAAAACAUCAUUAUUCAUCAAGAUCUUCUCAACUCCUAGUUUCAAAAAUAAGCAUACCUUCCGAGCAAACACAUUUGAUGUAAGCUUCUUGAUUCCUAGGUAAGUAUGUGUAUCAACAACAGAGUCUUCAGGAAGUUUAGUCUCCUGAUUCAACCGGCAUUUACUAUGAACUUCAACUCCAAUGUCAGAACGUCUAAUCUCUCUACCUCGAGCAAGUGCUUGCAGUUUGACAUUUCCCAUAACACAAGUGGCAACAGCUUGCCUCCUAACCAUUUGGCCUCGGAUAAGUGCUUGUAGACUUAUUAUACCUUCAUGUUCAACAUUCUGUUUCUCUACCACACUACUGGCACUGGUAUAUUAAAAGCAGAACGUAAAUUCAUUCUUUUACUGAUCCUUGUCUUGACAGAACACUAUAAUUUCAAACACAAGAGUUUGAAAUCAACGUCUUAGCAAAGAUACCCUCGUGGCAGAGAGAGCAGAGAAGACGAGCCGUUAGGGUUUAAGGGUUUUGUAAUUGGGAGCAGUUAUUCUUAAUUUUUAUGUGUUUCAAUAUAUACCCCUGUAUUCGCAUACUUAUUACGACUUUAGCUGAUGUCCACGAAGUCCUAAUAACUACUGUUUUUAUAAAUUAAAUCGAUAAUUAGGAUAAGGAAAUGAGAUUUAAAGCUUGGUCAAUAGGUUGACUAAUUAUUGUGAAAAUGUCAAUGGCAUAUACAUAACUCUACGCAACCAGCAAAAGUCCCUUAGAUCGUGGUCCACUAAAUACUAUGAAGUUGUUAAUAUCAAUCACAUGCAUCUCUAAUCAUUAUGUUGCUGGAUUUAAUUACAACUCUCAAUUUUUAUUUAUGUGUAAUUUAAAAUGUGUAUAUAUAGGACUAAGUGAAUGCCAAGUCUACCAACCAUUUGGGGAAGUUCUAUAAGACUUCGUUAAACAAAGAGACAAACAGCUAUACUUAAACUAAUUGCGAUUUGAAAUUGAUUAAAGUGUUUCUCAAAAAAAAAAGAAAUUGAUUAAAGUUUCAGUUGGACUUUUGUAUAUAUACUACUAGCCCUGAAUAAUCCACUCAAAAAUAUAUGUAGAUUAUUUCAAGUUUUGUAAUAUCUUCUUGGUGAGUAAUUUAGGAUGUUCUAUAAUAUAUAUAUAUGCAUUAGGCAACAAAGUCAUUCUGAAUCGCUAAUAAUUGAUGUAUCAUAGUUCCACACUUGCACGAUAAUACAUGCAUGAAGUUUUUUUUUUUGUCAAUAUACACGAAGUAAUAAAUUUAUUACCAAACGUUUUGUUGCACUCAAAUUCAUGUUCUGCCAACAAAGCUUCCUUUUUUGCUAAUUAUGUCCAACAAAACUAGUGUGGUUUUACCUGAAAUAUACAUGUAUAUGUUUAUCUGAUAAAGUAAGUUGUAUAUAAAUACAAGAAAUCAAGAAAUUUGUGAUAAACUUGUAACAUGUAAUCAAGAAAUUUCAACGUCGUUCUUUAACUUGUUCUUUAGCUGCACGUCGGCCGGUGGGUCCACGAUUUCGGCUCCAAACCUUAAUAGUGUUUAUUUGUUGAGACAUAGCUGUGUAUGAUAAUAUAAGCGUUGAAGUUGAAUAUUUCUCUUCCUAUUAGUUGACACCAUCGAUCCACGAACAAUAUUAUUCUUUUCUUUUUCCUAACAAAACGGAUGCACAAUUAAUUGUUUUUUUAAGUACGUGUGUUGGUACUUGUUUAAAAUAAAAUUUAAGAACUAAUUAAUUUUUAAUAUCCUAUUUCAAUUUGGUGUUAUUUUUAACUUGAUUAGUUUAGUUCAAUUAGAUUGGCUGUUGACCUUUCAAAAUUUCAGAGUUGCGUGCUUGUUUUUUCUGAUGGUCUGAAACGUUGCAGCAAAAUAUGUGUACAUAGAUUUUUUUUGUAAAAGUAUAUAGUCUAGUCAAUUUAUGUAUAUUGCUUUUACUUUUGUCUACAAAACUCUUUUAAACUGAUAUUUACUAAUUGUUGACCAAAAACAAACUGAUUACUUUUACUAAAUUAAUAAUUUUUGAAUAGAUCGUUAAACCAAAACAGGAGACGGUAAGUUUAUGUAUACAGAAAUGAUAUUCUCUGAAUAUUAAUUAAGAAACUUGCAUAUUUUUUGAAUUAUUUAAUUGGUAUAGUCAAAGGAUGGAUAGGUUGCAUAUAUAGAAAUCAGAAGUUCCGUGAACACAUUUUGAGAGCUUACAAAAAGAAUAUCAAGGAGAAUAAUGGAGAAUGAAGAUUUCUUGAGAAGUACUGUUCAUGGAAGAGAAGACAGACACGAGGAGACGAGAAAAUAUGUUUCGUCCCACGAUGGUUCUCAUCAAGAACAAGACCAUAUAAUAAGAUCCAAGUUGAACUCAAUUAGAGUCGAAAUGGAGGAGGCUAAAGAGGAAAAUCGAAGGCUAAAGUCAUCAUUGAGUCGGACAAGAAAGGAUUUUGAGAUCCUGCAAACACAAUACAACCAAUUAAUGGUGAAACAUGAAGACUGGACAAAUAAGUUCUCACCGAAAGGCCAUCAUCAAGACAAAGAAGAUGAAGAUAAAGAAAACAUUAGAGAGCGCGAGGAACUUGUUUUGUUGAGCCUAGGUAGACGGUCAAAAUCACCGGUUCCAAGUGGCUCAAUGACGAAUCAAGACGAAAAAGGGAAAGGCUUAAUGGAUGAAACUGGUGAUGGCAAAAACAUUGAUGAACAUGAUGAAGGGUUAAGUAUGGGAUUUGAAUACAAGGAUUUGAGUAAUCCUAGUGAGAAGUUAGAGAUUGACCAUAGUCAAGAAAAGACGUCCUUGGAGGUUAAUAGCAGUAAUAAGAUCCCAUCAGAGAAUAGUUUUGGGUUUAAGAAUGAUGGAGAUGAUCAUGAAGAUGAAGAAGAGCUUUUACCUCAGAACCUUGUUAAGAAAACUAGGGUUUCUGUGAGAUCAAGAUGUGAGACACCCACGAUGAAUGAUGGAUGUCAAUGGAGGAAAUAUGGUCAGAAAAUAGCUAAAGGGAAUCCAUGUCCUCGAGCUUACUAUCGUUGUACCAUUGCACCUUCUUGUCCCGUAAGAAAACAGGUACAAAGAUGUUCAGAAGAUAUGUCUAUUCUUAUCUCAACUUACGAAGGAACACACAACCAUCCACUUCCCGCGUCAGCAACCCCCAUGGCAUCCGCCACUUCCGCCGCAGCCUCCAUGCUCAUCUCCGGAGCCUCCUCCUCCGGCGCAGCCGAUCUUCAUGGCCUUAACUUCUCUCUAUCCGGCAAUAGCAUCACUCCGAAACCCAAAUCCCCGUUCCUCCAAACCUCUUCUUCUCCUUCUUCUUCAGGCCAUCCCACCGUCACUCUCGACCUCACUGCCUCCUCCUCCUCGCAGCAAACGUUCUUAUCAAUGCUCAAUAGAUUCAGUGCUUCUCCUAGUAAUGUCCCAAGAUCUAAUAGUUAUCCUUCGACCAACCUCAACUUCUCAAACAACACCAACACAUUGAUGAAUUGGGGUGGUGACAGUGGUAGUGGUAAUCGCAAUGAGCAAUACCGUGCAGCUUUCGGUAACGUUGGCACCCCUCAGCAGUCACCUUACCGCUAUAUGAUUCAAACUCGAACCACCGGGUCAUCUUUUGACCCAUUUGGGAGAUCGUCUUCAUCUUCUACAAAUCCUACUCAUCAAAUGCAGUCUUUACCGGCGGAAACAAUCAAGGCGAUCACGACUGAUCCAAGUUUUCAAUCGGCUCUUGCGACUGCUCUUUCUUCCAUCAUAGGUGGCGAUUUAAAGAUGGACAAUGUAACUAAAGAUGAAGCCGGGAAGAGCCCUUAAAAAAAGUGAUCUAUAUGUUCUUUAUAUAAAUAUAUAAUACCCAAUAACUUCGUAUAUGGAUCUAGUUUUACUAGUUUCCUAGGUCAUAUAUAAUUUGGUUGCUUAAUCAUAGUUUUAAUUUGUUGUUGGAUUUUAUGGAAGAAAUGUGUACAUAUGAAACCUUUUUUAUGCUAAAGGAGUGCACAUCAAACAUUUUUUUUUGGACAACAGAGGGCACAUCAAACUUAAAACGAAUAUAUGGCUUAAAGGAUUGUUUUGAAAAGAAAAAUGUAGCUGGAGGCAUCCAAGUCACUUAAUUUGUUGCACAGGUUAUUUGAAAUAGUUUCAUUAGUUUCUCUUUUUUUUUGGUAAAAGUUUCAUUAGUUUUUUUUUGAAAAAUAUGUUGUUAUAUUGUCUAAUAGUCAUCUAGGCAUCGAAUGAACAAAACUACAAAUUUUGUUCUCUAACCCCUAAAAUAUGUCUCGUCUAUAUUCAGUUUGACAUGUUAACUGUUUUGCAUCCAACGCCAGCUGUUUGUGGAUGUCCAGUAGAUGAAGCAAGACUGUUGAUUAAGCAAAUUAAAUUGUUAAAAUGUGUUUUUGCUUCUUCUGCUUUUUAAAAUUUGUAGCAGUAAUAAAUCUUUUCGAAAAAAAAGAAGAAAAAUAUCUAUGCUGAAGAAGCUGCCUCCUAAUAUAUGCUUGAUUAUACUUGAUUGGAUUAUUAUAGUAUGCUAAUAUACUGAAAUUUGGUACAUAUUUUUUUUCUUCCCUUUUUGUCCAGUCAUUUGAUAGAGGAAUGUUUGCUGGACCUGUGGGGCUUUUUGGUGGUGGAGAGAGUGAAUUUUCUGUAGGCAUAAGAUAUGCUUUAGUCAAAAAGGUGAGAGUGAGUUAUUUUUUUUUUACUUAUAACAACUUUACUCACUGUCGCAAACUUAUUGCAUGUAUUGCAUUGCAUCUAUCUGAUCUUUUUCAUUUGUGUUUCCAAGGGUUUUGGAGCCUUGAUAUCUAUUCAGGAAAAGGAAUAGUUUCAGGAAGUGAUUCAGCCUCCGAGUGGAACGAGCUUGAUCUUAAGACCUUGUCCUUAAGACAUCAAUGGCAUUUCCAUGUCUUUAUGCAAUCUGAAAACAUAUUAUUAUGUGUUUUUCUGCAGUUCACUAAAUUACUUGAACAUGAGCCAGCAUUGCAGCCGAUCAACUAAAAAUGUUUAAUAAUCUAUCUAUAAUUAAAUUGCUUUGUAUUAUUCAUUGUGUGUAUCUACAUUACAUCAAAUUAUUUUUUAUUCUUUUUUGUUUUUAGCUUCCUAUUGUUCAGGACAGUUCUGGAGCAUACUAAGUGAAACAUUCGUAAUAAGUUUCCAAUUUUUUUGAAAAAAUUACAUACAAAUAAACUUUUAAGAAACAUUUUAGGUCUCUAAAUUUAUUUAAAAAAAAAUUAUAUAGACACAGUCACGGAUUCCCAAAAUCUCAGGACCGAUCCAGCUAUUGUCCCGUUCCUGACCCAAUAAUUGGUAAGUCCCGAGUCCCGACGCACCUACGUACGUUAUGAUCCCAAGGUGACGUAUAUCUCCACCUCCACAAAAGAAUAAGCUCCAAGACAUAUAUAAUAGUAUAUUUUUUGUGCACAAUAUAAUAUUUUAUUAUUAAUCGAACAUAAUCAAUAGUGCUAAUGAAAAGUUACUUUCAACAUAUUGUUUCAGAACGUGAUUGGUUUCCUUUUAACUUGAUUUUUGGGCUAAUCUAAUCAAAGGGAAUUUUGUUUGUGAUGUGAAAGAGAAAGAUCGAACCUUUGUUUACCCUUAUAAUCUAAAAUAUGAUCCAAACGUUAAUCUGAAUUUCAUUCUCCCAUGAGUCAUAUUCUCUUCCAGUUGUUCUUACAAUCAGACCUCACUAUAAUAUUAAAUGCUUUAUUCUUCUACCCCUCACUUGAAAUAGUAAAUGAACGAUGAGACUAAGUAUAAAACGUUAAAAUAUACAAAUUGGCGCAUGUAUUUUUGGUAGUUAUAGAAAAGUUCAAGAUACAUCUCUUUUUCAUAUUGAAUUCCCAUUAACAAAACAAGGUAGUAGGAAAAAAAAAACAAAACAAAACAAGGUAGCAUACAAG